CCAGGAUGUGACGCAGGGCUUCCUUAGAAUCCAUUUCCACUACAAAAUUUGAGUAGCCUUCAUUGAUAGCCCACAUAGUAGCACGAACCGCCACCAGCAGCUCCGCCUCGAGACUGGACGAAGCAUGCACUGGGAAGUAGGUAGCUAGGAUCAUCACGACGUCGCUAUUUCUAAGAAUUGCUCCCCCCGUCGCCCCUUGAGCGUGGUAGAGCUUCUGUAGAUAUGGGUAACCUCCGCCGCAACCGAACAAAGGAGAUUGCGAGGAAUCAUCCAAGGUCACGCAAAGGUAAGGGAGGGCUGGGGUCUUCAACUCAAACCCGAGAUGAUUUUGAUGCGGAUUACAACCAAAGAUAUGGGGAUGCGAUGUCCGAUGAGCAACUAGAACAACUAUUGCAACAAAAUCAAGGAGGUUUUUUUCAUCAACAAGACAUCCCGCAAACCAUUGACGAAGAAGAGCUUGAGGAUGAUGAUGCGGAGGAGAGGGAUCCGCGAACGGUCGAGGACGAGGUUCAUGGCACACCGGAUGAUGAGGAAGAGGAAGCGGAAGUGGCUACUUCUUCCCAAACCGGUGGGAAAUCUGAAUCUGUCUUUAAGGCAAAUUUUACAAAAGUUAAAGACCUCGAAACCGAGAUAUGGUACGCCACUUGCAAGCAUUGCAACAAAAAGUAUAACUUGGGAAUUUCUGGAGGGUACAGGAGCGCCACAAGGCAUCUUAAAGCCAAACACCCGGCGGAAUAUGUGAAAUCGGACAAAGACAAGGGAAAGCAAACACAAAUUUCAAGGUUUGCAACUGGCCAAUCCUUUAGUAAUUUCUCCUAUGAUGAUCAAAGACAAUUGACUGAUAUGUCUCAUUUAAUUGUUGAAGAAAAUUUGCCUUUUAUUUUUUCUGAAAGUCUUGCUUUAAAAGAAUAUGCUCAAGGUUCUUUAAAUCCCCAAUUUCGAAACUAUAGUCGCAAAAUAAAUAAAAAAGAAGUUAUAAGGCAAUAUGUUUUGGAAAAGCAAAAAUUACAAACGUUUUUUGCAAACUUUGAUGGGCGUGUUAGUAUAUGUAGUGAUAUAUGGGAGGAUACUCAUCAUCAUUUAUAUUAUUUGGGUUUGACUGCACAUUAUAUUGAUGAUGAUUGGUGUAUGCAUAAACAUAUUCUUGCUUUUCGUGAAUUUAAUGAUAGACACACCGGUGAUAAUAUUUAUAUUCUCAUUGAGCGUAUUUUAAUUGAGUAUAAUUUGAUUAAUAAGGUGUUUGCAAUUGGUUUUGAUAAUGCUACUAAUAAUACUGUUGUUAUUCCUAGAUUGCGUGAAUUGUGUGGUUCAUCUUCUUUGAUGGGUAGGUUUUUUCAUCAGCGUUGUGCAUGUCAUAUUUUAAAUUUAUGUGUAAAGGACGGUCUAGCGGCGUUGGGAGAUACUAUGGAGGUGGUGAAGGGGGGGAUUAAACUUAUUUGGGCUAGUUCUCAACUUAAGAUGCAAUGGAGAAAUUAAUUGAAAGAAAGAUGUGUCAAAUAUUGUGCUUUUCCUAAAGAUUUGUAUAUUAGUUGGAAUAGUACUUAUAACUUAAUUAAGGUGCUUAUUAGAUUUAAAAAUCAUUUUCCUGCUUUUUUAAAAGAAUAUGCUAACUAUAUUAUAAACCCGGCCGACAUCGACACUUGUGAAAAAGUUUUGAAUGUUUUGGUGUAUUUUAAUAAUGCAACUCAAACUUUUAGUCAUGUUUAUAAACCCACUGCAAACCAAUUUUUUGUUGAAGCUGUUAAUCUCGCCGGCGCUUUUUGUGAAUUUGCUGAUGCCGCUUACAUUAGUUAUUUUUGUGACUUCAUGAAACAAAAGUUUUUAAAAUAUUAUCCUAUAUUCCGCAUUUAUAUAGUAUUGCAUUUAUUCUUGAUCCUCGUUUUAGACUUGUUGCUUUGGAGCUAUGUACGACGACAAGGCUAUAGACCCGAAACAACAAUUUCAAGAGGUUAGUAAUUUAUUAUAUCAAUUAUUUAAUGAGUUUCAUGCACAAUAUGGUAACGCACCCCCUCUCCCGCCACGAACAUCUUCUUCAUCUAAAGGAAAAUCAAUUUUGAAAUCUGCAUUUGGCAAUCUUAUGAAAAAAAGUAAAUCAACUCCGGUUAAUGAACAAAGCUCGAUCAACGAGCUUUCUUUGUAUCUAACAUUUUCUGUUGAGUAUGAAGAAGGGGAUGACUUUGACGUUCUUCAAUGGUGGAAGGAAAAAGAGAAAAUGUUCCCGAUCUGAUCAAAGAUGGUUAAGCAAGUGCUAGCAAUGCCUGUAUCAACAGUUGCUGUGGAACAAGAGUUUAGUGCGGCCGACAACGUCAUAACGGAUUAUAGAACGAGAUUGAGCGCAAACUCUCUUGAGACGCUUGUUUGCUUCCACGAUUGGUUGAAGGCCAAACGUAGAACUCAAGAAAUUAGCAUUGAACCCACCAGCCACUUUAUGGAAGAAACAACUGAAGAUGGCGGAAAUUCUGAUUGAUUCUUAUUUAUUAAAAAGUGUAUUUCAUGUUGUAAUUUUUGCUCAAUUUCCAAUUGUACUACAUAUUUCAAAUUAAUACAGUUUAAAUUUUUUAUGUCCAACUAAUCUGAAU